AGAGAAAAUGAAAGUUAUCAUAAAAUGCAGAAACAACUAAGGCGACUGAGAGUAUUAACCAUUUACAAACAUUCCUUACAACCCUAGUAUUAUAACAAAAUCUUAUUCACCGUUCCAGCCAUUUGACUUUUACACACGUGCACUGAACUAGAGAGUCAAACAAAGGCCAUGUGCCCAGAACAAUAACAACAGACAAUGACAAUUGUUGUUAUAAUUUAGCAUAGCAAACGUUACUUAAACAGUACGAAGCGGUUAAGAAGACACAGCUUUCAAAAAUCAACACAACAUUGCCUUAUUUGCGUCGUGUUUGAAAACCACUUGCUGUCUAAAAUGGAGAAUAUUUUUUGCGUUGAGAAUAAAAAUGUUAAGGCGAAGAAAAGACAACUUGAACAGAAAAGAAGACAAAAAAUAAACGAAAGACUAGAAAAGCUGAAAGUUAUUGCAAUGAAACAACUAGGAAAUGACGUUGGUUUCUAUCCACCAAUGGAAAAAGCAGAAAUUUUAGAGCUGGCAAUAAGAUGUUUGGAAGGCAAGCGAGAGCAAGCCGAAAGCGACAUUUGCCUUCCUAAAACAAGCACAGCUAAAAGAAUCAAACGAAAUCCUCUUUCAAAGCUAGAAAACGCUUCUUUAAACACAAUACGGUCAUCAAAUAACAAUAAGGCAGAAACUGAAUCUACUACACUUCGGAUCAAAACAGAAUCACAAGAAAAUGAACAUUCUCAACGACAUGUGCCAGUGCGAUAUAAUCUGCUGUCUCCCAUGAGAUCUUUAAAUACGACAGAUUAUAAUGACGAUUACAUGAAAAGCAACAACUUAAAUCAACGAUCAGCGGCAAAAACUGGAAAGGAUUUUUGGCGUCCUUGGACGAUAUAAAGCUAUUAUGCGAAACGUAGGAACGUCUGAGACGAUAGCGGCGGGUUUUGAACAAACGAAGAAAAUGCUUUAACUUAUAAAGUCUAUAUCAACAUUAUCAUAUAAUUAUCAUUAUUGUAUUUUAAAAUAUAAGCUAUAAGCUAUUUUUGGAGCUACCAAAUUAAAACGAAAGAAAAAACUUUA